AUGAAUAAAGACUCUGGCGACAAUGCGUUCUUCUAUGGGACAUUGAUGUAUCCAAAGAUAAUCAAGCGGGUACUCAACAACACCGGCAAUCAUCUAAGCGUGUGCCCCGCCAUUCUGCUUGACUAUACGCGUCAUCAAGUCAAACACGCCGACUAUCCUGGCGUGAUUCCUUACUCGCAGACAAGACGACUGCUUGAUAGGGAAUUGCCAGAAUCCGAGCGAUGUGUGCGCGGAUCGCUGGUAUAUGGCCUGACUAAGGAGGACUUUAGCGUGUUGGAUAUUUUUGAGGGCGGCGUUCGUCCUCUGGAACUGAUUCCUAUCCUCUUGACUUAA